UAUGACAUUUGAGUAUGGUGUAGGUGACAUAAUUGUAUCCAAGAUGGCUACUCAACAAGAUGAUGAAGGUGAAACGGCUGAAAACAAGCGACGGAGACACGAAGUGCUCAAAAUGUAUUAUGGGAUUGACGAGGAGAAGCCAGGAACAACAACUGUGGAUCCAUGCGACAUCGAUGGAGCCCACUUCAAGCCUGACACAUACUUGUCAACGCUGAUCAAGAAGAGCUCUCUAACAGAGUUGAUGGACAGGGAGAAUGAGAUGGUGCGUCAGAUCCGUGCUCUGGACAGCGACAUGCAGACUCUGGUGUAUGAGAACUACAACAAGUUCAUCAGUGCUACAGACACCAUUCGCAAAAUGAAAAAUGACUUCAAGAAGAUGGAGGAUGAGAUGGAUCACCUGGCAACCAACAUGUCUGCCAUCACAGAGUUCAGUGCCAACAUCAGCAACACUCUCCAAGACCGACGCCAACAGAUUACCAAGCUGGCUGGCGUUCACUCUCUGCUCAAGAAGCUCCAGUUCUUGUUCGAACUGCCAGCACGUCUGAAGAAGUGCAUUGAGCUGAAGGCAUACAGUCAGGCUGUCAGGUACUACACGAAGGCCAAGCGUGUGCUGCACCAGUACCAGCACAUGCCCAGCUUCCAGGGCAUCAACAGGGACUGCAACACCAUCAUUGAGGAACUCAGCAAUAAGCUCCGUGAGCAGUUCAAAGACAAGGAUUCCACGCCAAAGCAGCUGGCAGAGUGUGUGGACCUCCUUCUGCAGCUGGAGGAGCCAGCUGAACAGCUGUGUGAGGAGUUCCUGUCUCAUGCAAGGCAGAAAAUAGAUGAAGAUUUGAAUGAACUGAAUCGCCAGAUCAAGCUUCAGGCAGGGGAGGUAACUCCAAGUGAUGACCAGCGACCAGCACAGGCCUAUCUCAACACUCCCAUGGAUGUUCUGGAGUUUGUGGACUCGGGCUGUAAUGGCUUCCUCAGCAACAUGUGUCUGGUGAUCGCAUCCUACAAUGAUAUGUUCCUCAACAGACAGGGUGAAAAUGAGAACUUUGACACAAUUGCCCUGAAGAAGCUGGUGAACUUUGUCAAUGAGCUGAUGGAACAAUAUUUUGCCUACGUUCAGAACAGAGUGCAGCUUGAGAAAGAGACUGGUGACAACACAAUCCUUGUCCGAGCCCUUGACCGAUUUCACCGCCGACUUCAGGCCAUGAACAAGCUCUUGCCAGACACUGACUUCUCAAGGGCAGGGACGGAGAUCGUGUCUCGGGCUGCCAAGGACAGGGUCGCACACUAUCUGCAGGCUCUCAAACAACACUUCUCAGAUUGUCUAACAGAUAUCCGCCAGAGUCUGGCGGCACCCCGCCUGGUGGGGAAACAAGAUGGCAGCACCAACCUGUCUGAGUUGCUUGGCAACAUGCAGUCAUCAAUCGUUGACCAAAUGAAGUCUGUGCUAGCUAAUCUACAGGCUUUCAUAGCCACAGACAUUACAUUCGCGAUGAAGCCAUACUUCCGAGGCCCAUUCUGUACCCAGGAUGUGAGAGAAGGGCUGGUUGUGGCCUUCCUGAAGCACAUCUCAACUACCUGCUGUGACUUCUGUGAGGGCAUGAGUGAGCGGGGUUCCGUUCCACCUGCCCUGCUGCUGGUUCUGUCCCGAUUCUGUCUGGAUCUGGAGAAUGCCUCCAUCUCCUACCUGAUAACACUCACAGAAGAACAGUUUCUGUUGGCUGAGAAGAGUCAGGUGACCCCUGUAGCUGAUCUGUGGGCAAUGGCCAAGGACACUGCACAGAAACUGUUGAACCAUUAUGUCCGAGUGCAAGGUCUCACAAUCUCACAGAUGAUGAGGAAGAGUGUUGAAACUCGGGACUGGCUGAAUACAAUCGAGCCUCGCAAUGUCCGUGCUGUCAUGAAGCGUGUGGUCGAGGACAUCUCAGCCAUUGACAACCAAGUUGGGCAGUUCUAUGAGGAAGGUGUACGCAAAGAGCGUAGCAGUGACUCAAGUCGGCGGACACACACCUACAGCCAGUCUCAGCAGCAGAAACGUACACCCUGGUCCUACUCCCCCAGUGUGGACAACAGCCUCAUUAGCAACAUACAGAAGCUGUUCUCAGAGAAGAUAGAAAUAUUCAGUGCAGUUGAGUUCUCCAAGGUAUCUGUCCUCACAGGCAUCAUCAAGAUCAGCCUCAAGACCUUCUUGGAGUGUGUACUCCUGAGAACAUUUGGCCGAUACGGCCUCCAACAGAUCCAGGUGGACACACACUAUCUGCAGCUGUACCUGUGGAGAUUUGUCUCCGAUGAGAACCUAGUGCAGGUACUGCUGGAUGAGAUUGUGUGCAGCACCAUGCACCGCUGCCUUGACCCAGUCCUCAUGGAACCUAGCGUGAUAGAGCUCAUCUGUGAGAGGGGGUGAACAUUUGGACAAGUCUAACAUCUUACAUCCACAACUGCUAUCUGUGUACAACAUGUGCUUACAAAAAUGCAACUGGUGCACCAGGUGUCAAAUUAAGACACCCAUCAGAGCAGGAAGAAACAGAAACUGGAUGAUAAUUGUGCAGUGUGGAUCUAUGAAACUUAUGUAGCAAACACAUUCCACUGAGGUACAUCUCAUAUCAUUCACUGAUCGCAGGGACUUCACCAUUGUUUAACCAUGAAGAUCAUUGUUA